AUGGCAAGGUAUGCGCACUCUCGCUCACCAUCACCUGUAGGAAGCACAUAUUCGUCCUCAAAGCGGAUUCGAAGAGAGGAAGAUCGCUAUGAUAGGAGUCGCAAAGACGAUGACCGUCAUCAUCGCCGAAAGCGUUCUCGCUCAAGAAGCCCUGAGCGUAGGAGAGAUCGUGAAAGAGACCGCGAUCGCAACAGGGACAGAGACAGAGACAGAGAUCGCGAUAAUUACCGCCGCCGAGAUCGUUCCUCAGACAGACGCCAUGACGACCGCUACGACAGAGACAAAUAUUCUUCCCGUCGGGACCGCUCUAGAGACCGACGAAGAUCGAGAGAUCGUGACACCAGACGGCUGAGUCGAGAAAGCGACCAUCGUACUAAGAGGGAGGACUCCCAUGACAGAGAUCGCAAGAAACGAGAUGAUUCCGCUGACGCGAAAAAGCGCAAGAGAGAAGAUAGCCGGGAACGGCCCACAACAAGAGACUCGGCCUCCGCCUCGGCUUCUAAACAGAGCUCGGCUCCCGCUACUCCCAUCAUUGAGGACAGCAAGGCCGCAAAGCUGAGGAAACUAGAAGAAUGGAAGCGGAAGCAAGCAAACAUUCAGCAAACGAAAGCUGUAUCGCCCAAAUCUGUUGUUUCACCAAAACUCGCUACUACCACUGCAGCGACCACCACCAAACCAGCAACAGUUGCACCACCAGUGAAGAAACCUCUGGGAGCAGAUGCUGCUAUUCCAGCAUUGUUGAAAAAACCUAAUGGUGUCACACCACACAUUGUAACAAAAGUAUUGCCAGCCACUUCUGCCGUACCGCUAAAGGCCAAAGGCAACCUGAGUGGUUUCAGUAUUGGUAAGACACAAGGAGAUGCUGACGUAGGGAGAAAAGCCUUCGACUUCAAGGAUGACGAAGAUGUGAAGAUGAAGCUCGAGAAAUUGCCAACAUUGUCCGCCACUGAUGAUGAAGCUCAUCAGAAGACUGUGCAGGACCGGGGCGACGAAGAUGACGACGACGUAGCUGACGAAGUGGAGAACGAAGAGGAGGCUCUAGCUGCUGCACGAGCUACUGCAGAACAGCGUAGUCGAGCAGAACAGGUCGAAGAUAUGGCCAUGACGGAUGCCCCUGAGCCAACUCAGCAGAGUCCAGCACAGGAGGACGAAGUCGAUCCUUUAGACGCUUUCAUGCAGGAUUUAUCCGCAAAACCCGUGCGCCGAAGCACAUACAAAGGUAAGCCUCAAACUGCUGCCAAAUCCGAGUUCCAAGAACCCGAAUCCUUCUUCAACGACGACGACAUCGAGAUGGCUGCCAUAGACGAAGACGAUCCCGGCGAUAUAAUGGCCAAAGCCGAAGAAAUAGCCAAGAAAAAAAAGAAGGAUAUCGGAGUUGUGAACCAUGCAAAGGUCCAGUACAAAUCCUUUCGCCGCAAUUUCUACUCGGAACCCGUGGACAUGCAAGACUGGACCGAAGAAGAUGUCGCAAAUCUUCGCAUGGAGCUCGAAAAUAUCAAGGUUCGAGGCGUUGAUGUGCCAAAGCCUGUGCAGACUUGGGCUCAAUGCGGUCUCGGUGUGCAGGUCCUGGAUGUCAUUCGAGAUCUAGGAUAUGCAUCGCCUACCAGUAUCCAGGCCCAAGCUGUACCUUCUAUUAUGUCCGGCAGAGAUGUGAUUGGUGUCGCAAAGACUGGCUCGGGAAAAACAAUUGCUUUCCUUCUUCCUAUGUUUCGCCAUAUCAAAGAUCAACCACGGCUUGAUGCUCAAGACGGUCCUAUCGGAUUAGUGCUCAGCCCAACACGUGAACUGGCCACCCAGAUACACAAAGAGUGCAAGCCUUUCCUAAAAGCGUUGGACUUGCGAGCUGUCUGCGCUUAUGGCGGAGCUCCAAUCAAAGAUCAAAUCGCUGACCUCAGACGUGGUGCUGAAAUUGUCGUCUGUACACCUGGCCGCAUGAUAGAUCUCCUGGCAGCCAAUGGUGGUAGGGUGACCAACCUCAAACGCGUGACCUAUGUCGUUCUCGAUGAAGCUGAUCGCAUGUUUGAUAUGGGCUUCGAGCCUCAAGUCAUGAAGAUCCUCGCUAACGUACGGCCUGAUCGACAAACAGUAUUGUUCUCAGCUACUUUUCCAAGACAGAUGGAAGCCCUGGCAAGAAAAACUUUGGACAAACCUGUUGAGAUUGUGGUCGGUGGUCGCAGUGUUGUUGCUCCCGAGAUUACCCAGAUCGUCGAAGUUCGUGCCGAAAAUACCAAGUUUCAUCGCCUUUUGGAGCUUUUGGGCAAAUUGUACGAGGAUGAGUCGCACGAAGACGACCGAGUCCUCAUCUUUGUUGACCGGCAAGAAUCUGCUGAUGGCCUUCUUCGCGAUCUAAUGAAGAAAGGCUAUCCUUGCAUGUCAAUACACGGAGGCAAAGACCAGAUUGACCGUGACUCCACUAUCGAUGACUUCAAAGCUGGUGUAGUGCCCAUUCUAAUUGCGACCAGUGUUGCAGCUAGAGGUCUUGACGUGAAGCAACUCAAACUUGUGGUCAACUACGACGCACCGAACCAUCUUGAGGACUAUGUUCAUCGCGCUGGUCGGACAGGUCGUGCUGGCAAUACAGGUACAGCUGUGACGUUUUUGACAGAAGGACAAGACCGCUACGCUGUGGACAUCGCUAAAGCCUUGAAGCAGAGUGGACAGAACAUACCAGAAUCUGUACAAAAGCUCGUCGACGGUUUUGCUGAGAAGCUCAAAGCUGGUAAGGAGAAGGGCUAUGCUGGCGGAUUUGGCGGCAAAGGCCUAGAAAGACUUGAUCAACAACGUGAUGCUGAGAAGGCACGAGAACGCAAAACAUACAAGACCGGCGAUGAGAAGGAAGAAGAGGAAGACAAGGAGGACGUCAAAGAAGCCAAGGUCGGAGACGAGAUCUUCGCCAAAGCCGCUUCGAGUGUGGCUGCGCGUGACCAGCCCGAGACACCAGCACCGGCCUUACCUAACAUGUACGAGCCGAAGAUUGUCGUACACAAAACUGAAAAGCCUGCUUCGUCAGGCAAUGCAAGUCAAAUGGACAAAGUGGCUGCUGCCGUCGCUGGUAUCAACGCCAAAUUGUCCAAAGCAGGUGUCAUGCGUUCUGGUGUACCUAUUGACAACAAAGGUCCCGACGCUGGCGCUUUCCACGCUACCCUUGAAAUCAACGACUUCCCUCAACGCGCCAGAUGGGCUGUCACGAAUCGCACCAACGUUGCGAAGAUUCUCGACUCGACAGGUACUUCCAUUACCACCAAGGGCAACUUUUAUGCUACAGGCAAAGAACCUGGACCCAACGAUCUGCCCAAGCUAUAUAUUCUUGUCGAGGGUGAUACUGAGCUGCAGGUACAGACAGCCAUGCGCGAAUUGCUAGGACUGCUCAAAGAAGGUGCCAUGAGCGCUGCGGCAGCUGGUGAAGGCAGAGGAACUGGUAGAUACUCUGUGGUGUGA